GUAUCAUUCAGUGCUCGUCUGCCACGAGGAAAGAGGGAAUGGAUGAAAAAAAGUAAACGACAGUGAUUGAAAUAGCCACGAUGGCCACUGAAGGAAUACUGGACAUUUCGAAGGAAGAGGAGAAAAAACUGAGGGAAUUAUUUGACAAUCUGGAUGUAAACAAAGACGGAAGAAUUGACAUCAAUGACCUGACUCAGGCUCUGUCCACCUUACAAGUUCCACAAACACCGGGUCAUGCAAAGAAAUUCUUUGACAAGCAUGAUAAAGAUAAAGAUGGGCAGAUCGACUUUGCAGAAUUUGUUAAGUAUGUCACAGAUCAUGAGCGCAAACUACGGCUGUAUUUCAAGAAAAUUGACACAAAUGAUGAUGGGUCUAUUGAUAGAGAAGAAAUUAUUGAAUCAUUUAAAAGACUUGGUGUUGCCAUUGAGCCAAGUGAAGCAGAUAAAUUAUUGUCCAAAAUGGACAAAGAUGGUACACUAAAAAUUGAAUGGUCAGAAUGGAGGGAUUUUCUGCUUCUCUCUCCUUCUCAGAAUAUAAACGAAAUUCUUCAACACUGGCGCCAUGCCUCUAUGAUAGAUGUUGGUGAAAACAUCAUUGUACCAGAUGACUUCACCGAGAAAGAAAUGAAGACAGGGAUCUGGAGGAUAAAUCUGAUGGCUGGAGGCAUGGCAGGGGCGGUGUCAAGGACAUGUACAGCCCCUCUGGAUAGGAUCAAGGUCAUGUUACAGGUGCAUGGAACAAGCAAAAAUAAAUUUGGUGUAAUAAAUGGUUUCAAACACAUGCUGGAGGAAGGUGGUGUAAAAUCCAUGUGGCGAGGAAAUGGUGUGAAUGUCAUCAAGAUAGCCCCAGAGACUGCCCUAAAAUUUAUGGCAUAUGAGCAGUUUAAGAGAAUGAUUCAUGGAGACUCCAAAGAGGAACUUCUUGUUGCAGAGAGAUUAUUGGCAGGGUCAUUAGCUGGAGCAACGGCCCAAACCGUUAUCUACCCAAUGGAGGUUCUUAAAACUCGACUUGCUAUCAGGAAGACUGGCCAGUAUAAAGGAAUUCUUGAUUGUGCUAUGAAAAUUUAUGCAAAAGAAGGUGGCGCUGUGUUUUACAGAGGCUAUGUACCAAAUUUACUAGGAAUUAUUCCAUAUGCUGGAAUUGAUCUAGCUGUCUAUGAGACAAUGAAGAAAUUGUAUAUGAAAACAUAUGAAAACAAAAACCCUGGGAUAUUUGUGCUGCUUGGAUGUGGAACCAUUAGCUGUACUGCUGGUCAACUGGCCAGCUAUCCUCUAGCUCUUGUACGGACUAAACUCCAAGCUCAAGGUGCAAAAGCUGAUUCAAUGGUAGGACUUUUCAAGAAGAUUGUGAAACAGGAUGGUUUUACAGGACUAUAUAGAGGCAUUGUACCAAACUUUAUGAAAGUUAUUCCAGCUGUUGGAAUUAGUUAUGUGGUGUAUGAAAAAUCUCGACAUUGGCUUCUAAAUACAAGUUAGAAAUAGCUAUUACAAUAUUUGUUAUUAUUCAUAAUAAUAUGUGGUACACAAUAUGUUCUGUAUACACUUUUGAUGUUGUGAUAUAUAUAUUCCAUUGGAAUGUUGUCUUCACUUUCUUGUACAUCAAAUACAUACAUGUACAUGUAUAAUGUUGUAAGUCUAAUAUUUUUUCACAGGGGUAGUCUAUAGUUAUUUUUUCCCCAAUUAUUACAUCGUUGUCAAAUUGCCUACAGUAAACAAUAAAAUAUAAAGCUAAAAGUUA